AUGUCGACUGGAAUUUCAAAUUUUAGUCAAAUUAUAUCUCGAGGAUAUACUUUAGUCGACAAAACCCUACUUAUUGCGGAGUUUAUCGAAUCAAAUUCAAUUGUUUCAGUAAUUGUUCGGCCAAGCCAGUUUGCCAUGUCUACAAAUGUCUCCAUGACUAAAGAUUUUUUCAAUCCCAAUUUUCUCGGUCAUUUUAGUUAUCGCUAUGAGUUAUUCAAGAUAAUGGUUAAAGUAGACCUAAUUAAAAGAUAUUUUUGCAAAUAUCCGGUUAUGCAUAUUUCCUUUAAGUGCAGUGAGAAUUUGGAGAAAGUCCUUCUUGUUGGUACAUUUCCAAUUGGGUUUAUUAAUAUGCAUGCUUUUUCAACGAAUGAAGCAGAGUAUGCAGAUAAAUUUGGAUUUACGGAAGAGGAAGCUUCCACCAUUGCUCAAUACCAUAAUUUGGAAAGCCGUUUAGAAGAAAUCAAACAAUGGUUUUUAAGAAAUAUUAAAUUGAUACAG